AGACGCCUAAAAGGUGAGUUUGAUUUUUGGGUCUUUUAGUCUCCAGCUACUCGUCUUCCCUUUUGUUCCAGAGAGAGAGAGAGAGAGAGAGAGAGAGAGAGAGAGAGAGGAAAAUGGUAUUAGAAGCUGUAGUUUUUCCUCAAGAUGUGUUUAGUUACGGUUGCAAGGAUUUGUAUUCCUUGGCAGCUGAUUGGAGCUAUGAGUUUAAAGUAGAAGAAGAGGAGGAGGAGGAAGAAGAAAAGAGUCUGAUAUCAGAUUGUAAGAAGAGUGGUUUUCUUGAUAAUUGUCAACAGCAAGUAGGGAUAGGAUUAGAUUGUGUUGUUGGGAAUUGGGAUUCUUCUUCUUCUCCAUCCAUGGUUCAUAAUUUCAAGGAAUGGGAUUCCAAUUCAUCGCCGGAGCCUUGCACCGUGGAUGGUAUUUUUAAGAGGGGUUUUCCAAAUGCGGCGCCAGAGGCAGCAGUCUCGACAAUGGGCCGGAGGAAGAGACGACGUACUAGGAGCUGCAAGAACAAGGAGGAGGUGGAGAACCAAAGGAUGACCCACAUUGCGGUCGAACGCAACCGCCGGAAACAAAUGAAUGAGUAUCUAUCAGUGCUGAGAUCUUUGAUGCCUGCAUCAUACGUUCAAAGGGGUGACCAAGCAUCCAUCAUUGGGGGAGCAAUAAAUUUUGUUAAGGAGCUGGAACAACUACUACAUUCUCUUGAAGCCCAAAAGCGAACGGAAUCUGGUUUCUCAUUUCCGUUCUCCGGCUUCUUCACCUUCCCUCAAUACACUUCUUGCUCAACCAACCCCAGCUCCAUUAACGAGAUGGCGGAGAACCGUUCGGCCAUCGCUGACAUCGAAGUGACGAUGGUCGAAAGCCAUGCAAAUGUCAAAGUACUAUCAAGGCGGCGGCCAGAACUGCUUUUGAAAAUGGUGGGUGGCUUGCAAAAUCUACGCCUCACAAUCCUCCACCUCAAUGUGACCACCGUUGAUGAAAUGGUCCUCUACUCUUUUAGUGUCAAGGUGGAUGACAAUUGCGGGCUUACAACAGUCGAUGAAAUUGCAACUGCCGUCUAUGAAAUGCUAGGGAGGAUUGAAGAAGAAGAGAGUAUGAAUUGAAUUGAAUUUACGUGUGAUUCCCUUAUUCAAAAAAUCUUUGCAGUUUUUAGGGUUCGAUUUCUCUUUAAUUUUCAGAACAUUAUGGACUUGAAACGGCUCAAUGCAAGAAUGUUUGCUUGCUAA